GUCUGCGGAGAGAAAAGGUUCUGAAAAUAUAUAAUUUGUUAUAUUCCAUAAUCGUUUCAAGAGAAUUACAAAAAUUUUUACAACAAAUAUUAUUGACCGUGUUACAAAUCAUUCACUUUUAAGGCAAACCACAUAAUGGAUCACACUGAAGAGAAACCAUUCACUUGUACUGAGGAUAAAAAUGGUUUUACAUUAAAAAGAGGUCUUCUAUGUAAUGUAAAGAAUCAUAAAGAGGAAAAAUAUUAUACAUGUACAGAGUGUGGGAAAGGAUUUACAGCACAGAGUUUUUUGUUGACUCAUCUAAGGACACACACAGGAGAGAAACCUUAUACAUGUACAGAGUGUGGGAAAGGAUUUGCACAAAAAGGUGAUUUAAAACGUCAUCUGGGGACUCACACUGGAGAGAUAUUGUAUAUAUGUACAGAGUGUGGGAAAGGAUAUAGAAAAAAAAGUGAUUUAAAACGUCAUCAAUGGACUCACACUGGAGAGAAAUUAUAUACAUGUACAGAGUGUGGGGAAAAAUUCACACGAAAAGGAAGUUUGCAACGUCAUCUAAGGACUCACACAGGAGAGAAAUUGUAUACAUGUACAGAGUGUGGGAAAGGAUUUACACAAAAAGGUAAUUUGCAACGUCAUCUAAGGACUCACACUGGAGAUAAAUUGUAUACAUGUACAGAGUGUGGGAAAGGAUUUGCAGAACAACGUAGUUUAGUAUAUCAUCUAAGGACUCAUACAGGAGAGAAACCUUAUAUAUGUACAGAAUGUAAGAAAAGAUUUGCAGACCAGAUUAGUUUACGAAAUCAUCUAAGGACUCAUACAGGAGAGAAACCUUAUAUAUGUACAGAAUGUAAGAAAAGAUUUGCUAUCCAGAGUAGUUUUCGAAAUCAUCUAAGUACUCAUACAGGAGAGAAAGCUUAUAUAUGUACAGAAUGUAAGAAAAGAUUUGCAAAGCAGAGUAGUUUACUAACUCAUCUAAGGACUCAUACAGGAGAGAAACCGUAUACAUGUACAGAGUGUGGGAAAGGAUUUACAGUAAAGGCUAAUUUGUUGUGUCAUCUAAGGAUACACACAGGAGAGAAACCUUAUGCAUGUACAGAGUGUGGGAAAGGAUUUACAGCUCAGAGUAGUUUGUUGAAUCAUCUAAAGACACACACAGGUGAGAAAUCUUAUACAUGUACAGAGUGUGGGAAAGGAUUUACAGUAAAGGCUAAUUUGUUGCAUCAUCUAAGGACACACACAGGAGAGAAACCUUAUGCAUGUACAGAGUGUGGAGAAGGAUUUUCACGAAAACAUUGUUUACAAAAUCAUCUAAGUACUCAUACAGGAGAGAAACCUUAUGCAUGUACAGAGUGUGGAGAAGGAUUUUCACGAAAACAUUGUUUACUAAAUCAUCUAAGGACUCAUACAGGAGAGAAACCGUAUACAUGUACAGAGGGUGGGAAAGGAUUUACAGUACAGGGUAAUUUGUUGUGUCAUCUAAGGACACACACAGGAGAGAAACCUUAUACAUGUACAGAGUGUGGGAAAGGAUUUGCACAAAAAGGUGAUUUAAAACAUCAUCUGGGGAGAAAUUGUAUACAUGUACAGAGUGUGGGAAAGGAUAUAGAAAAAAAAGUGAUUUAAAACGUCAUCAAUGGACUCUCACACUGGAGAGAAAUCAUAUACAUGUACAGAGUGUGGGAAAGGAUUUACAGUACAGGGUAACUUGUUUCAUCUAAGGACUCACACUGGAGAGAAAGCUUAUAGAUGUACAGAUUGUGAGUAAUUUUUUUUUUAAUUCUUUAUUUUCAAAACUCAGUGGAGAUACAUAGUAGAUGAAGAGCAUCAAUCACAAUACUUCGAAACAAUCAUUACAUAAAGAGUUAUGACAAGUUUGAUAAUCAGAUGCUUAGACAAAGUAGAGUGUUCUCCUUCCUGAGUAUUUUACACUUUUAGUAUAUAAAUAACUAGCACCCUUUAACUGGGUGAGGGUAGGGGGAGUGAGGGAAGGAGGGUUGUGGGUAGUGGGAAAGAGUGGAGAAAA